UGGAGACGGUCGCAUCCAUCCAUCCAUCCGAGCGUGCGGCUACAACCGCUAGCUACUCGUUCGUCUUUUUUCUUUUUCUUUCUCUUUCUCCCUACCUGUGGACAUUUCUACCGAAAUACUUGCUCAAGAGGAAACAAAACCCAGUCGAGUGACCCGCAAAGCGCCAUCACUUUAGGACGAACCCCCCCUUCCCCUCCCCCCAAGCAACCGGAAACCGAACAUGGACAGCUUCUACGACCAGCAGGUCCCGUUCAUGGUCCCGCCCAACUCUCGUGUCGAGGAACACAGCCGGGUCUGCAGUGACAGGAAGCGGAAGUUUGUGGACACUGAGCUCGCCCAGGACACUGAAGAACUCUUCCAAGAUCUCAGUCAGCUGCAGGAUAUCUGGAUCGCAGAAGCCCAGGUGCCGGAUGAUGAGCAGUUUGUCCCAGACUUCCAGUCGGAUAGCUUGAUGUUUCAUGGACCGCCGCCCACCAAGAUCAAACGUGAAGUGACCCCCUCCAAAGAGUUGUCUCCCUGCCACCAGGACAGAAGUCCCAUGCCCUAUGGAGAGAAGUGCCUUUACAGCUACAGUGCCUGUGACAGGAAGUGCACACCUGGCUUCAAACCAUUAACCCCUCCUUCCACGCCGGUGUCUCCGUGUGGGUCUGCCAGCACAGCUGGAGCACGCCCCCUCAACGAGCCUACUCCUCCCCCUCGUACCAAUGUAGCCAACCUGAACCCUGGACUGCGACCGGUGCACGUCACGCAGCAGCAACAGCCCCUCGCACAGACUGCAGGCCCGCAAAACCAGCCGCCGCACUCGGUCCACAGUCCGCCAUUUGCCGUCCCGUGUGCGCUAAUCGGCCAGGAUGCCAAUAACUUUACGCCAGAGCACAGGUUCCAGAGGCAGAUGUCAGAGCCAUCGCUACCUUUUUCCCCAGGUGAGAGUCAAGGGCGCACCCACUUUCUGGCCCAGCUGACUAACAACAAUGGUCGCCCACAUGAGGGCCGGCCCCUCUACCACCGGCAAAUGUCCGAACCCUUGGUACCCCCACAUGGCUUCAAACAAGAACUCGUCGACCCGAGAUACGCCGAGCAGGGCGUUCCGAGCGUAGGCCAGCCAGCUCCCCCGCGUCAGGCUGCGUUCCACCCGAUGGCCAUCAAGCAGGAGCCCCGCGACUUCUGUUUCGAUUCCGAAGUGCCCAACUGUCACUCAUCCUUUGGGAGAGCAGGGAGCUACUACCAAAAUAACCAUGAAAGCUUCUCCUUCGACAGAGAUCCUCAACUCUACUUUGACGAUACCUGUGUUGUCCCUGAACGAUUAGAAGGUAAAGUGAAGCAGGAGUCCGCCAUCUAUCGAGACGGACCUCCGUACCAGCGCCGUGGCUCCCUGCAACUGUGGCAGUUCCUGGUCACUUUGCUUGACGACCCGGCCAAUGGACACUUUAUCGCCUGGACAGGUCGGGGAAUGGAGUUCAAGCUCAUUGAGCCUGAGGAGGUUGCUCGCCGCUGGGGCCUCCAGAAGAACAGACCGGCAAUGAACUACGACAAGCUGAGUCGCUCUCUGCGUUACUACUACGAGAAGGGCAUCAUGCAGAAGGUAAAGGUGGCCGGUGAACGGUACGUGUACAAGUUUGUGUGUGACCCCGAAGCCCUCUUCUCCAUGGCCUUCCCCGACAACCAAAGGCCUAACCUGAAGGCUGACGUGGACAGCCUGCCGGGCCUGGACGACGACACCGUGCCUCUCACCCACUACGAGGAGAACGCUCCCUACCUGCUGGACAGCGGAGAUAAUUGUGUUGCUGGCUUGCCCUUCCCCGACGGUUGCAGCUAUUGAACUACCACACGAACGUGCAAAAACACUCCAAAAGUCUCUUGACUUUCUUUUCCAAAUUCAGAAGUGCGCUUGCAGGCACAUUUGUGGAUAUCCUCCCUCGCUGACUUAAGGACAAAAAUUGAUCAGCUGCAAACAAUGGACGAGGGUACAAGAUUUGACAAAACGGAGAGGGUUUGUGAGACCGAUGUACUCAAAAUCAAGCGCCCUCCUUCACAGCAGAAAGGUGCAAGGCCUCAACACCUUACACAUAACGCAAAGACUACACUUCUUCUAUGUGGAUCGACAAGAGUAGAGUUUGUUUUAUUUUGUAACAAACUGAUUUUCCUAAACAAUCUAGAGAAAUAAAAAAUGUAACGACUUAUUAAAUGCAGCACUGUUUUAGAGUUACCCAGAAGUUUGUUGGUCCCUGUUUUUUUUUUUUUUUUUUUUUUUUUUUUUUUUUGCUUCUGCACCUGAGCUAAAACAUCAGUGAAAGGGCUGUGAAUUGCAUAAAUUGUCCAACAUCCCUAUUUUUAACAAUCAUUUCUGGAGAUAUGACUUUAUAUUGCCAAUUUUUGAGACUUUAAAGACCAGCGUAUUACAGGCUAGUUGCUCUCUUGUAAAUGGGUUCUUUACAGUUGUCCUGCCCGUGGAAGAGAUCUGCUACCACCCUCUUUGGAGACUGCAGCCCUUAGUUCCAAGUCUGUGCUAUAUUGUUCAAUUUUAGAAGUAAUUGGCACUCUUUCCACAUUUUCUUUCAAAAGGGAUGCAUAUGCAAGUACAUGUCUCCCUCCUGCAGAGACCUUUUUAUAAAUGGUCAAGUUAUUGUAUUUUUUUUAUUUUUUUUCUCCCCCCCCCUCCUCUCCUUUAAUUUUUACAUUGCUGUCUCCGCGGUGGUCAACCAGCUUCUCCUGAUGUGUGGGUUUGGCAGGAGCAUCGCGCCAUUGCAUGUGAAGAAUAAAAAACACAAACCUUUCAGACACCUUACCUUCUCCAAGAUGACAAUAAAGGUGACUUUGCAUUGUAUAAUCAGCCACGACUGCGUCCACCUACAUAUCACUUUAGUGUCGUUGGACGAACAUUUGUAUGUGUCUGCAUUUUAUUCGGAAUGAGGGCAACAUCAUUAAAACUUAUAUAAAGUAUAUAUUUUUGCUAUAAGGCUGCAGUCCAGUUUUUGAUUUCUAAUGUAUCUGCUGUAUAGUUCUGGCGACAGCAACUUUUUUUUUUUUUUUUUUUUUAAAAGAAACAAUAAAAUCUCAUGAAGACCCACUGCAGGCUGAUCUGUCUAACCAGAUGUUAUCACAAGGCAUGUAAAGGGCCAGAGUUCCGGCUAAGGCCACUUUACGGGAUGCACAGAAACAGACCGCACUUGUAUAGGCUUCUGUUGCCACUGCACCCCUUUCACAUUGUGUUCCUUACGCAGCUGAGUUUGUUAUCAUGUGUACUGGGUCAAAUAAACA